AUGGCAACCGCUCUCAUCACGUUUAUUCUCGCCAACAACGUCUACGCCGCACCGAUCCUCCCCUAUCCUCUCAACGCCACCAGUUUGUCGAUAAACGUAUCCGAAGCAUGCAAUGACCUUCGGAAUUGCCGUACUCUGUGGAACCUCGUUUACAGCUGCCUCCUAACAAUAUUUAUCUGCGUAUGGACGGCUGUGCAUCCGAAUGUUGAGCAUCACCGGCGCAUGAAUCUGAGCAUGGGGGAUCGCAUUGAAGAGGUGAUGGAGAGACGUGAUCGUUUCGGCUUAAUGAGGAGUUCCUUGAUUUUCCCAGAAUGGGUUGUUGCUAUGGCAUGGGAAGAAUUCUCAGCAGCCUGGAAAAUAUCAAGGAAAUGUAAAAAUGUCGAAGGAUGGACACUUGUGCAUUCAUACUUUGUCGAAAUGGGAGGUUUCAUCGACCCAACGACACGUUUCUUUCGUCGACGUGAUCCCUCUUUCUUUGGCCAAUACCCUGGCAUCAUUCGGAAGACGGGAAAUCGUCACGUUGUCGCAGUAACGAAACAGGACAUUCUCCACAAAAGCAAGGGCGAUUUUUUAUCCAAGUCCAUUGUAUCUCUUCAAUUACUAUGGUUCAUCGUUCAAUAUGUGGGGCGAUGGGUCGGACAUUUGCACAAAUCGCAGCUCGAGGCAAUGACGCUUGGAUACUCCGCACUGAGCAUUAUCAUCUGUGCGUUGUGGUGGCAUAAGCCCCUUGAUAUCCGUUCGCCAAUUCAAGUGACGCCAAGAGGGGACUCUACUCACCUUCCGACUUCCGAGGCCAAUGUCACUCAAGUACCUCUUGAAGUAGAGAAUGAGUCACAUUCACCGUCACUUGCGGCCAGAGCCAUUGGCCGAGCUUGUGACGCAUUUGUUGAAUUGGAUGCAAGUUGGAUAUUUGUACUCACCGGCGCCAUCUUCGGCAGAAUUCACUGUUCUGCGUGGUCCUUCCCUUUUCCAACACACGCGGAAUCACUUAUGUGGCGCAUUUGUGCAGUAUCUAUUACAGUAGCUCCUGCUCUUGGUAUCGGUGGAUCACGAAUGUUGUACAAAACGUUUCACGGUUCCCACUCAGACUUUAGUCGGGCCAUUGGGACGGUUUAUGUUGUCGCCCGGAUCAUCCUCUUCGCCCUGACGUUCGCAUCCCUCCGCUCUCCUUCUCCUUCUCUAUAUCGAACGCCACCUUGGUCUUCCUUUCUUCCCCAUCUCGGAUAA